UCCGCGGACGCGCGGGGAGGCAAGAGCGGGUGGCGAACAGGGUGCUGGGCCAUGCGCCGCCGCCUGUGGCUGGGCUUGGUCUGGCUGCUGCUGGCGCAGGAGCCUGAAGCCCCAACUGUAUCGCGGAGAGUGCGCAGCUACCCGCACCUGGAGGGCGACGUGCGCUGGCGGCGCCUCUUCUCCUCUACCCACUUUUUCCUGCGUGUGGAUCCCACUGGCCGUGUGCAGGGUACCCGCUGGCGCCAUGGCCCGGAGAUAGGCGUGGUUGAGAUCCGUUCCAUCCGUGUGGGCGUCGUUGUCAUCAAGGCUGCAUACUCAGGCUUCUACGUGGCCAUGAACCGCAAGGGCCACCUCUAUGGGUCGCGGGUCUACACUGUUGACUGCAGGUUCCAGGAGCGCAUCGAGGAGAAUGGCUACAACACCUAUGCAGCACUGCGUUGGCGCCACCAUGGUCAGCCCAUGUUCCUGGCACUAGACAGGAGGGGGGCUCCCCGGCCUGGUGGCCGGACCCGGCGGCACCACCUGUCUACCCACUUCCUGCCUGUCCUGGUCUCCUGAGGGCCCAAGAGGGGCCUCUGACAGACCCAUAAGGACUAGGCCUGAGAUGGCACCUGUUCUUUUUGAGUGCCUGCUGUGUGCCUGGCACUGGGGAUAUAGUGGGGCCCCUAGACAAGGCUGGCUGUCAGGGAUCCCCCAGUCGGGGGGUGGACUGAGGUGGCCCCAUGUCCAGUCACGAGUUCAUGGGUGAGGUUCCUGCAGGGCACCCCUUGGAUGAAAGGAUGUGCUUAUGUGGUUGUCAGAGACCUGGGAAGGGUAUUCCAGGUGGGGCCUAGCCAGCCCAAGGCUUAGAGGUGGGAACACAUCGAGCGGUGGUAGACAGCAAGGUUGGGGCUAAGGCUGUGUGUGAAAAGAUGGAGGAGGAGGCUGAUUGAGGGCAGAGCUGGUAAUAACCCAAAACAUCCCCAUUCUGAUCUUGGAAGCCUGCAGACACGUCAUCACCCACCGACACACACACAUACCAGACACAGGGACUCUGCAAAUGGGAUAAGGACGUUGAGAUAAGAGGCCACCCUGGAUAACCCAGGCCCCAGUGUCACCACAGGGCCCUAAUAUAAGGAGGCACGAAAGUCAGAGGCAGAGACUGGAAGAUGCUGUGCUUGCUGGCUCUGAAGGUGAAGAGGCCCCAAGCUGAGGGACAGGGGCGGCCUCUAGAUUCUGGAAAAGGCAGGAAACAGGCUCUCUCCUGGGGCCCCCAGAAAGGACUGAUCCUGUCACACCCUGACAUUAGCCCAGUGAGGCUCAUGUCAGAUUUCUGACCCCCAAACUAUCAGA